CGUUUACCCAUUUUACCAACCCUGACGUUAGGCCGCACGUAAGUCGUAAGAGGGAAAGAUUAUAAAUCGUUCAAAGCAUCGGCCGCGCACUGUCCUUGACUCAUUGCAGCAGCCGAAACCCUAAACCUCCCUCAGGUUAAUCAGAUUGCCUGCGAAAGAUGUCGGUCGGCGAGCUCGGUUGCACCUACGCUGCUUUGAUCCUUAACGAUGACGGGAUCGCCAUCACUUCGGAGAAGAUUGCCGCGCUGGUGAAGGCGGCGAAUUUGAAUGUGGAAUCAUAUUGGCCGAGCUUAUUCGCGAAGCUUCUGGAGAAGAGAAACGUUGAAGAUCUUAUCACGAACGUCGGCUCUGGUGGUGGCGGCGCUCCUGUCGCUGCUGUUGCCGCUGCUCCGGCAGGCGGUGUGGCUGCCGCUGCCCCUGCGGCUGAGGAGAAGAAGGUUAGGGUUUUUCAUUUAUUUCUUAGUUUUUGGAUCCAAUUUAUUUCAAAGGUCAGUUGUUUGAUUGGUUUAAUUUUUGAAUGUUACGCAGGAAGACCCCAAGGAAGAGACGGACGAUGACAUUGGUUUCAGCUUGUUUGAUGACUAGAAAGCCCCUUCAGUAUGAUUUACUGAGAUACAGCUUGUUGAUUGUAUCAUUGCCCUUGUUAGAAUGAUUAAUUUUUUUGGCAUCACAAAAUCUAGUGGUGUGAAGUUUUGACUUCUCUCCAAGUGCAAUAUUCUGAUUUUUGGACAUGAUUAUGAUCAGAGUGUUUAUGCUUUUAAUAUUUGCAAGUUUAGAACAAGUUGAGUUAAUUUCAAUUUUGGUGCUGCUCGUUAAAUAUUGAAUGAGAUGGCAUGAUGAUGGUAUUUUU